AUGCCCCCCGCUCCCACCAACCCUCCCUACCCUCCCCCCACCUUCAACCCUUACGAGCGCGUCACGCGCUCGAAGGGCAAGGUGACCAGUGAGUCCCAACCUCUAGGCAUUGCUGACAUCCAGUCACCCACGGCGAGCAUGGCGAUGUCGCCAGCAUCGUCUAUGAGGCCAGGACCGGGUCUGGCGUCGCCGUCAACCCCCCUGCGCCUCCCACGUCUCCCGCUUCCCCCUCCGCCGCCGAGACAGAGGGUUCUGGUAAGCUUAUUCCACUGCUUCGGUCAAGCUAACGCAUCAGGCACUUCGCCGGAGCCCGACGCCGAGGUCCCCACCCCCGCCUCGUCGGAGGUCCACGACGAGGAGUCUGACUCCGAGUCCAAGGCCGAGACCCGCAAGGGCUCGAACAAGGGCAAGGGCAAGUCGACCGGCGGUUCUGGUAAGUCCAUCCUCGGAUUAGUGCUGAGAACAGCCGGCGACGCACCCAAGCCCGCCUCGUCCUCUUCGGAGGACUCCAACAAGGGCGAGUCGAGCUAUGGCUCGGCCCGCAACUCCCCCAACCCCGUCUCCCACGUACGGGGUCAGCACGACGGCUCCAUCGGCCCGAUGCGCGGUACUUGGCACUGGGUCGAGUACCGCUACGACGACCGCGACGACGACGAGCGCCGCUCACACCCUCGUCCCGGAUACCCGGGGUACGAGGCGUAUCGCGCUCGUCAGCGCGCCGCGUCGCGGAACGCCACCCCUGGCCCCAGCGGGUCGGGGAGGCGCUCCGCGUCGCCUUACGACCGCUCCGCCUCUCCCGACCGCUCCGCCUCUCGCCCCCGCUUCGCCUCGCCCUCGCCCACCACCGCCCACGCCGCGCAGAUCCUUACUGCGCUCGCCGGUGCGGCUGCUCAGCCCGCCGACAACCCGGCCUCCGUGGACGAGGUCGAGGACUCGCUUCGCGAGUUGAGCGAGGAAGAGGCCUCGGGCGAGUCCGAGUACUGGUCCUGUGACGAGGGCUCGGACGCCGUCGAGGAGCCGAAGGAGGAGGAGGGGGAGGAGGAGGAGGAAGAAGAAGGGGAGAGCUCUGAGGAGGAGAGCUCCGAGGAGGAGGAGGAGGAGGAGGAGGACAAGGAGGAGAACGACGAGGACGAGGACGGCAGCGGCUCCGAGGGUUCCAGCGGCGACGCUGCCUCGGGCCGUUCGUACAGGAGCGCGUCCUGGCAGCCUCCCUCCCCUUCGCCGGCCCCUUCCGGCAGCCUCAAGCGCGAGCGCGUGGAUGAGGAGGACGACGGGGCGAGCCCGCAUGCCAAGCGCCUGCGGAUCGCCAACCCCGUCGCGCGAGAGGAAGAGCCCUUGACGCUCGAGUCGGAGCCGAUCGGUUACGCCCCCGCGGCAACCGUGACGCUCCGCACGUUCGACGCCGAGGUCGAGUCGUGGGAGGAGGAGGCACAGGCACGCGGCGAUGCAGCGAGCGACCUCUGGAUCCGCUCCAGGAUGCACGACGUGGCGGAGAUCGAGUUCGAGGAGAGGGAGCAGUGGGUCACCGAGCGUCUCAACGCCGGGCGCCCGAUCAACCUGGCAGGCUUCCGCGCCGACUUCGAGGCCCGGCACCCCGAGCGCCGCAGGUUCGACACCGCCCGCGACGAGCACGCUUAUGCGGUCGACGUGCUCCUGCGUCUCAGCGCGGGGCGCGACGCCGCGCACGAGCACAUCGAGCGCCUCAACCGUCUCGCGCUCGUCGCCGUGAGGCACGAGCCGGGCUCGCUCGACUGGAUCCGCGUCCGUGACGACAGGGCGCAGGCCGCACGCCGCGCCCUCAUCGCCGCGGUCGAGGCCAUCAACUCCUACCCCCGUUCCAGGUGUCAUGACCUGGAUGCAGAACCGGCACGGAUCGCGGCGAGAGGCGCGGACGCGGCUGCGGCCUCUGGACCCAAGGUCCACGCCGUACGCCAUUUCGGCUCGCCCACGCACGGGCUCAUACCCGUCUUCGGACACGACAUACCCCGCCGAAGCGACCCAGAUCACCCGGACAAGCAACGCCGAGAUCAGCCUCCCGCAAAGGGCACUGGCUCCUGGCUCCCGGAUUACCGGCCUCAGGAGACCACCAGUCCCGCCGACUGCGAGCACACGAGGAAGGACCUCGGCGUGACUCGCGCGGCGCGACCUCCGACACAGACUGAGGGAAGGACCCUCCCUCUGAGUUGGACUGCCGCCACAAUCAUUACAACCUCCAUCGUCCAUCGUCAAUCGACAGCGAACUGUCGACCCAACACUCCGCCAGCGUUCAUCACAGCAGCCAUGGGCACACCCAGCCGCAGCGGAAUUGUUUUGGAGGAGGAACCGAGUGUUCUCCUCCGCCUCGUCGACUAUCGAGACGGCGGUCCUCUCAAACUUCACAACGAUGGACCGCCGUCCAAAUGGAGGAGGGACGAGGUGCCUGGCUCCCCAACGGGACCCACGCCUCCGCGAGACGUCCUCCUCCUCAUCGCCCUCGCCUUUUCAGCUCCUAUCUUCCCAACGGGCCGACAACGAGAAGGCGUCCAAGAGGCGAUCAAGAGACGGCGGUCCUCCCCAACCCAUACGACGAAUGGACCGCCGUCCAAUCAUUGGAGGAGGGACGAGGCGACUUGGCUCCCUAUCGGGACCCACGCCUCCGCGAGACGUCCUCCUCCACUUCGUGGGAAUGGUAGUGAUACAUACCAAACCGCCACUCGAACCACAUCGCUGGUUCACCAAUUACCGGGACCCUUCAACCGGUCCACCAACGACCAACCGCCAACCCUCGAUCGGCCCUUCGUGCCUUCCUCGGCGCGCACUCACCUCAUCGAACGGCCUAGUGUCGCGGAAACACGACUCCCAGACCUCGUUGACGGCCUUUUCGGCGGCCUCUUGUCCGUCGCACAACGGGUGCUGCAUCACGGACAGCACGGCGCGGCGCUUCACGCACGCCUGGUGCUGCUUCGAGAAGGACCAGCGUCCGCGCUCGAUCUCACGGCCCCACCUGCAGUCUCCUGA